AUGUUCAAUGCUAUGGACAUCUGCAGCCUUCACAGAGACUGGGAUAGACGCCCAACAAUCACUACCAUCAUGAGUCUCCCCCUCCUUGCUGCCUUCAACCCCUUUGCUGUUACAACAGACCUGGAAUUCAUGACCAAAGAUUCGGUUAGGAGAAGUUGUAUCCGCGACUUCUUUGCAUAUGACCUUGCUCAGCAUAGCCUCCAGUUUCGACCUCGGUCAGAAUGCCCCACACCAACCACCUUGAACAAAGUUCGUCGUGCCCUAGCCAACCAUCAGAUCUCCUUCCAACGCUUUGUCAACCACAACAAUGCCGGUGAGAUGGAUUUCCUGCCUUUCGUUGAAUCCAUGAUCUACCAACAGCACCCAAUCUUCAAACUGCCGAAUAGAGAGCUCCGUUUCGUCAUGCUAGACAUGGCUAACCUCGAUGUCGGUAGACAUUACAGUAACCAACUCAGCAAACAGCAAUGGAAGGCAUUCUACAAGAACACGAUGCACUACUCAGCUCGCAACCUUUGGUACAGAAUGAUCCACAAACAAAGCUCAAAUCAACUGGCAAUGGCCCAACGCAAUCUUAAACAUGCCGCAUCAGACCGCUGUACCCUUUGCAAUGAAGUGGAAGACGCUCAACACCUGCUCAUCAGUUGCGUCCAUAAACUUGAUGUCUGGGACUCCUCCUUCAACGAGUUCCUUAGCUACCCCAAAACCGCCGAUCCACAACUUAUCUACAACUCAAUUAUGCACUUCAAACUGAAGCAUUAUUAUAUCUACAAUUAUGACUUACACAUUACCAUAUAUGACCUCUUUGCCACCAUUAUGCGUACUAUCUGGAGACACCAUUAUCAACAGUUUUACAACCUCAUCCCCUUUAAUGUCAUCCAAGUCUGUCGCCACAUCCGCACAGAACUGUUAAGAUUGUCAAAUCUUAGGCAACUCUCCCAUUAG